AUGGGGAAACAAAAGAAAGCAAGGAAGUAUGCGACCAUGAAGCAAAUGCUUAGGCUCAGAGAGGAGAGACUCAAAGAAAAGGAUAGAUUAAAACCUAAAAAGAAAGAUCCCAGUGCUCUAAAUGAAAGAGAAGUCCCCCAACAUCCUUUCUGCUUAUUCUUCCAAUAUAAUACCCAGCUAGGCCUACCUUACCAUAUCCUGGCUGAUACCAACUUUAUCAACUUUUCCAUCAAACCCAAAUUGUUCUUAGUACAAUCGAUGAUGGACUGUCUCUAUGCCAAGUGCAUCCGUUGUAUAACUGAUUGCAUAAUGGCUGAAAUUGAGAAAGUGGGACAGAAGUAUUGAGUGGUUCUAAUUGCCAAGGAUCCAUGAUUUGAACGAUUACCUUGCACACAUAAAGGGACCUAUGCUGAUGACUUAGUGCAGAGAGUAACUCAGCACAGGUGUCACACUGUGGCCACAGUUGACCAGGAACUUAAAUGGAGAAUCUGGAAGAUCCCUGGAGUUCCUAUCAUGUACAUUUCUAACCACAGAUACAACAUCGAGCAGAUGCCAGAUGACUAUGGAGCCCCUCGGUUCUAA